AUGUACGAGCUGCCUCACAAGCAGCGGUUCCGCGGUGACCAUGACCUGUCGCCGCUACAGCAGCUUCUCAACUGGGUGUCGCACACGCUGCUGGGGCGCCCCUCAAGGGGCUCAACGCACUCUGCCUUCGCCAUCUCCCGCAUGGCCUCCCAGACCGCCCCGGGCCUCGCCCCCUCUGACUCCCGAGCCAGCGCCGUAGGCUCGGCAGUGGCCGGCAGGCCCGCGUUCGCCCGGUCGGACACGUUUUUCCUGCGGGAGAUGCGGACGACCGAGCUGCUGGGGAGGGCCGUGGUGGCGCCUGAUAAUGGCUACCUGCUGUUGUGGCAGCAGCUCGUCCUGGCGCUCUCCUUCUACUCUGCCUUCAUCACGCCUCUCGAGUUCUCCUUCCUGCCCGCCCUGCCGCCCGGCCUCGCCAUAGCGGAUGGCGUCGUCAGCAUCUUCUUCCUGGUUGACCUCAUUCUCACAUUCUUCGUGGCAUUCAAAGACCAGAAGACGCAGAGAUAUGUCUGCGACCACUGGAGUAUUGCUACCAGCGUCGUCAGCAUCUUCUUCCUGGCCGACCUCAUUCUCACAUUCUUCGUGGCAUUCAAGGACAGGAAGACGCAGAGCUACGUCUGUGACCACUGGAGCAUUGCUACCAGAUCUAUGCCUGUGACGACUGGAGCAUUACUACUAGGUGAGGUGCGGUUGAAUGCGGUGAUUGGGAGGUGUGGGGUGGGGAGAUUAUGUGAGGGAGGUUAA